AAUAAAUAAAAGAAGAAACAUGGUGGAGGCACCCUGCCCUAACCGCGUCUCUCGUCGAUCGCCGCUCCUUCGCUCCCUCGGCGACUGCCAAAGGGCUUCUUUAUGUUAGCUUGAAUUUCACUAACAAAGUUGUAUAAGGAAAUGGAGGACUCUGGAAUAUCAAGUUUUUGGGGACCUGUGACAUCCACUACAGAACUAUGCGAGGAAAACUAUGCAUAUUCUUCAUAUAUUGCUGAAUUUUACAACACUAUAUCAAAUAUUCCUUGCAUUCUUUUGGCACUUGUUGGUCUAAUAAAUGCUCUAAGCCAAAGAUUUGAGAAAAGAUUUAGUGUUCUUCAUAUUUCCAAUAUGAUCCUAGCAAUUGGGAGCAUGAUCUUCCAUGCCACACUGCAAAAUGUGUAAGUCUGUUUACUCAUCUCUAAGCUCUUAUCAUAAUAAUAGUGUCUUUUUAAUUGUACUUCUCUCCAUAUCUUCAUAUUCUGCUAGCAUCACCUGAUUAGAUAUGUAGGAUCUAAAACCAAAACUAGAUAGCUGUGAUAGCUGGGAGAGGUCAUUCCUUGUUUACUUGCUCUUGAGGGACUCUUGUUUUCAAAUACGGCAAAAAUUUUAAUUCCGCUUGAGGAUUGGCAGUGACAAGUGUCACGAAUGAAGCCACUACCUCACGACGUCCACUGCGAGGUCUCGGAGGCAAUUGAGAGACUACAGCAGAGUGAUGAAACUCCAAUGGUAUGGGAGAUGCUGCUAUAUCUUUAUGUUAUUUACUCACCAGACUGGCACUAUAGAAGCACUAUGCCAACUUUUCUUUUCCUAUAUGGUGCUGCCUUUGGCGUUGUUCAUUUCAUUGUGCGCUUCGGAAUAGGUUUCAAGAUACAUUACAUCAUCCUUUGUCUUCUCUGUGUCCCUCGGAUGUACAAGUAUUACAUACAAACAAAAGAUAUAGCAGCUAAACGGCUAGCCAAACUCUUUGUGACGACAUUUUUACUGGGGGCUUUAUGCUGGCUGUUCGACAGAAUCUUCUGCAAGAAAUUAAUUCAUUGGUAUGUCAACCCUCAGGGCCAUGCGUGGUGGCAUGUUCUUAUGGGAUUGAAUUCUUACUUUGCGAAUACAUUUUUGAUGUUCUGCCGUGCUCAGCAACGCGGCUGGGAACCACAAGUUGUUCAUCUCUUUGGCUUCUUUCCUUAUGUGAAGAUCCAGAAGUCCAAAAAGCAGGAGUGAGCAGGCAGUUUGCAAAAUGUUUUCUGAUUAGGUUGGUUCUUCCUUCUAAAACAGAUGUUUGACAUGAUUUGUUAGUUAGAACAUGAACUGGCACUUGCUUUGUAACAUAACCAACUCUGCAAUCCAUGCUGACAUGAUAUAGUGGAUGAUGAAUGAAUGUCUCCU